CACAGCACAGCGUCCUGCUCUAUUCCCACUCGCGUUUCAGUUCGGAUUCCUGAGUGUUUUGUCAGGGACAGUUAGUAAAUUAUCUCUUUAUUACAACUAGAAAGAGAAUAUGAAUACAUUUUAUGUUCUUUUGCUUUUUAAAGUGUCGACAUUACGUUCAGUUCUGGGACGGAAUACUGAAGGCUCAGGAACCGUCUAUCACAACAGCUAUAAUGAAGUGGAGCAUGAGGAGGACACAUAUCAUACCCCAGAAUUUGACUACAAGCAUCCCCGCUGGUGUCAAACUCUUAAACUUAGCAAUGGACACAUGGCAUGUUCCUCGCCUCGAGGUGGAAACCAUCGGAGUUCACUGGGCACGCGCUGCAUGAUGUCUUGUGAGCGGGGUUAUAAGCUGUUGGGGCAAACGUCUGUACAGUGUAUGGCCAACCGACGCUGGUCAGGAACUGCUUACUGCCGAAGGGUGCGUUGCAGUGUGCUUCCUCUGAUCUACCAUGGUACAUACAGCUGUAUUAAAGGCUUUGUGGUUGACUCCAGGUGUGAUUACACCUGCUUUCAAGGCUAUGAGAUUGAAGGGGACCACCAUCGAGUUUGCCAGGAUGGGGGCAUGUGGAGUGGAGCAGAGCCCUCUUGUGCAGAUCAUGACCCUCCCAAACUGAAAUGUCCUUUCUCCAGAGUGAAGGCUGCAGAACCAGGAAAACUUACAGCCACAGUAUCUUGGGAACGCCCUGUUGCCACGGAUACAGCCGACAAUGCACUGCGGGCCUUGCGAAAUGGUCUGGAAUCAGGCUCUGAAUUUAGCGAGGGGGAGCAUAUCAUUCGCUACAGGGUGUAUGACCAGGCCCAGAAUAGGGCGACCUGCAAGUUUACAGUGCUUGUAGAAGUGAGGAGAUGUCCUGAACUGAAGGCCUCUCUGCACGGAUACCUAACUUGCUCAUCUGAUGGGAAUAAUUAUGGAGCCGUGUGCGAGUACCACUGUGAUGCUGGUUAUGAGAGGAGUGGCACUGCCUCCAGGGUGUGUCUGUUUAACAGAAGCUGGUCAGAUGAAGCACCAGACUGUGUGUUGAUGGAGGUCAAAACGGAUGUCAAGUCUGCUGGUGCCCUGCUUGACCAGUUCUAUGAGAAGAGAAAACUUCUUAUUGUGUCCACCCCAAGUGUAGCUGACCAGAACUACAAGCACCAAAACAUCAUACUGCAGCAAGCUGGAUGUGGUCUGGAUCUUCGACACGUAACAGUGAUAGAGCUGUUAGGAACUCCUCCUCAAGAAGUGGGGCGAAUUAAAGAGCAACACUUAGAGGCAGACGUCAUAGAGGGUAUAAGACAGGCUCUUCAGAUCAGUCGAUCCUACUUCAACAUGGUGUUGGUUGAUGAACUUGGUGUUGACCGGGAGCGGUUCAUUAUCCCCACAUCCUCAGAAGAACUCUACACUUACAUUGAGGAGUACUUGCUCACAGAGGAGGAGCGAGACAGGCUGCAGCAAAACAAAGACCUCUGUGACUGAGCCUACAACUAUGCGAUCCACAUUAACACCAACAUUAAAAAGACCGCGAAGAACAAA